CUUGUGGUGGUGGCAGCUCAAAAGCAAAGUACGAACUGCAGCAGCCAGUCAUGUCAGGACAGGCGUUUAGAAAGUUUCUUCCCCUCUUUGACCAAGUUUUAGUUGAAAGGAGUAUAGCCAAAACUGUAACCAAAAGAGGCAUUUUGCUUCCAGAAAAAUCUCAAGGAAAAGUGUAUGGAUGGGGCUCUAGAGAAAAGAGGAGAGAGAUUCAACUAGUUAGCGUGAAAGUUGGAGAUAAAAUUCUCCCAGAAUAUGGAGGCACCAAAGUAGUUCUGGAUGACAAGGAUUAUUUCUGGUGACAUUCUCAGGAAGUAUGUAGACUAAAAUAAAUCAUUAUUGAAAUGGCAUCAUGUGAAGCUGCCCAGUCUAGUGAAGUUGUGAAAUCUUCCAUCAUGUAAAUAAUUUCCAUGUCUCUCUUUUAUAAUAACCUAAUGGUAUCCCAAACAAAACAAAUAAAACAUAGGGGAAAAUCUUCAUGAUAUGAGACUUGGCAGUAAUUUUUUGGAUAUGACACCAAAAGCAAUGGCAACAGAAGAAAAAAUAAUAAAAUUGAACUUUAUCAAAAUUUAAAAGUUUUAUGCAUCAAACAAAGGUUACUAUCAAGAGAGUAAAAAGACACCCCACAGAAUGAGAGAAAAUAUUUGCAAAUUAUAUAUCUGAAGAGAUUAAUAUCCAGAACACAUAAAGAAUUCCCACAAUUCAACCACACAAACAGAAAGAAAAUUCAAAAAUGGGCAAAGGACUUAAAUCAACAUUUCUCCAAAGAAGAUACACAAAUGGCCAGUAAGCAUGUGAAAAGAUGUUUGGCGUCUUUUAGACAUUAAGGAAAUGCAGAUCAAAACCACAAUGAGAUACCACUUCAUACCCCAGUAGGAUUUUCUUUUUUUUCUAAAAAUGGGAAAUAGGGCACCUGGGUGGCUCAGUUGGUUAAGCAACUGACUUCGACUCAAGUCAUGAUCUUGCAGUUCACUAGUUUGGGCCCUUCCUCCGACUCUGUGCUGACAGCUCAGAGCCUGGAGCCUGCUUUGGAUCUCUCUCUCUCUCUCUCUCUCUCUCUCUCUCUGUCUCUGCCCUUCCCCUGCUCUCGCUCACUCGCUCUUGAAUAAAAACAUUAAAAAUAUUUUUUAAAAAAUGGUCAAUAGUAUUGGCAAGGAUGUGGAGAAACUGGAACCUGUGUGCGUUACUGGUAAGGACAUAAAAUGGUACAGCCAUUUAUGGAAAACACAGUCUGGUGGUUCUUCAAAAAGUUAAACAAGAAUUACAAUAAGAUCCAAUAUUCCCACUACCUGAAAGCAGGGACCCACACAGAUAGUUGUGCACCAGUGUUUAUUAUAGCAGCAUUCUUCACAGCAGACAAAAGGUGGAAAACAACUUAAGAGUCCAUCAGCAUGUGAAUGGAUCAACAAAAUGUGGUAUGUACAUACCAUGGCAUAUUUUUCAGCCAUAAAGAUGAAUGAAAUUCUGAUGUAUGCUAUAACAUGGAUGAACCUUGGAAAUCUUAUGCUAAAUACAAUAAAUCAGACACAAAGGGACAAAUAUUGUGUGAUUACACAUAUAUGAGGUACGUAGGAUAGGCAAACACACAGAGAAAGUAGAAUAGAGGUUACCAGGGCCAGGGAAGGGCGGCAGAAUUUGGAGUUCUUAUUUAAUGGGUAUGGAGUCCGAUUAGAAUGAUAGCAAAGUUCUAGAAAUAGAUAGUGGUGAUGGUUAUGUAACAUUGUGAAGGUACUUAAUGCCAUUGGAUUAUAUGCUUAAAUGGUUAAAAUGGGCACCUUGGUGGCUCAAUUAAGCAUCCGGUUUGUGAUUUUGGCUCAGAUCAUGAUCUCAUAGUUCAUGUAUUUGAGCCUUGAGUCAGGCUAUAGUGCACAGCCUGCUUGGGAUUCUCUCUCUCUCUCUGCUCCUCC